GCCAUGAAUAAACUCCGUCUGUGAAAUGCUUUAAAAGGCGACGACCGAGUGGAUUAAUCACUGCGGACCCAACCAUGCAUCUCGUCCCACAGCGCGGCGUUGUCGCCCUCAUAGUUAUCGUUUUGGGGCAGGCAUUGCUUUCAGCAGGAAAAUGGUACGAUCUCAACAACAAACCCACCAAGAACCCACGGGUGUGGGGGAGUGUCGUCCCAUGCACGGAUACCGCCCCCUCGAACACCGUUCCCACAUCAGUGCACAGCCUGCGCCCAGGCGACAUUAAAGUGGUGGCGGCUCUUGGCGACUCACUCACGGCUGCCAACGGCGCGGGCUCGGUGCCCGGAGACGUGCUGGACGUGCUACAGACAUACAGAGGCCUGGCGUGGAGCAUCGGAGGUGAUGAAGACAUCAACAAUGUCACUACGCUCCCAAAUAUCCUGCGCGUCUUCAACCCCAACCUGAAGGGCUUCUCCAGUGGCGUUGGGAAUGAUCAGAGGUUCCUCAACCAGGCGGUGCCGGGCGCCAUCGCCGCGGAUAUCCCAUCUCAAGUCGAGAAACUUAUCGAAUUAUUGAAAACUACCCCGGAGAUAGAUUUUCAAAAUGAUUGGAAGCUCAUCACUCUCUUCAUCGGAGCAAAUGAUGUGUGCAGCUACUGUGAAGAUGAGAUAAAGCACUCGCCCGAACGCUACAUUAACUACAUACAGACUGCGUUGGAUAUGCUCCACAGAGAGGUACCCAGGGCCUUUGUCAACUUGGUGGAGAUUCUGUACAUCGAGCCGCUUCGGAAACUCCACGAGGACGAGAACAAGUGUCCCAAACAGCUCAUGAGCAUUCUGUGUGGAUGCAUCGUGGACCCCACAAACCCAGAUGACUUGGCAGUGGUGACCAAAGCAAACAGGGCUUACCAGGAUUACAACAAGCAGCUGGUGGCUACAAAGCGCUACGACACAACGGAGGACUUCACAGUCGUGCUGCAGCCGUUCUUUCAUGACGUCACCAUGCCAGUCACAGAGGGAGGACUUGCGGACGAAACCUACUUUGCACCGGACUGCUUUCACUUUUCAGAGAAGGCGCACGCCAUGUCUGCCAAGGCACUGUGGAACGGCAUGCUCGAACCAGUUGGAAGCAAAAGCACUUUUCAAGACUUCACGGCCAACAUCACGAUUAAUUGCCCCAGCGUGGCACAACCAUACCUGCGAACGUACAAGAACAGCAACUACAGUUACCCCGCAGUGCCUUCCAUCCCCCCGCCCCCCCCUGAGCCCACCUCACCCCCCAAGCCAAACUAUGGAAGUGAAAUCACUUGCAAGGAUACAUCUCCUUCCGCAAGCGUUCCGAGUUCAGUUCACGAACUCAGACCGGCUGACAUCAAGGUCAUCGGGGCUGUUGGAGACUCUCUGACGGCUGGCAAUGGGGCAGGGGCUGACAACUUGCUGGAGGUGAUCAUUCAGUACCGGGGGCUCACCUGGAGCGUUGGUGGAAAAGGUGACAUUUCCAAUGUGACAACCCUUCCGAACAUCCUGCGUCACUUUAACAAGAACCUGAUGGGUUUCUCCACGGGCAUCGGCGAUGAAAAUCACCCGGACUCCUUCCUCAACCAGGGUGUCCCGGGCGCAAAAGCAGACGAUAUGCCAAAGCAGAUCCGUAAGCUUGUGGACAUCAUGAAAAAAGAUAAUAGAAUAGAUUUCAAUAAUGACUGGAAGAUCAUCACAUUGUUCAUUGGUGGAAAUGACCUCUGCGCAUAUUGCUCAAACAAGCCCUACCACUCCGCCGACAACUACAUAACGUACAUCAGCGAAGCCCUCGACAUCCUGCAUGCAGAGGUGCCACGGGCAUUCGUGAACCUCAUGGAGAUGCUGUACAUCGAGCCCUUGCGAGGACUGUAUAAUGACGAGGACAAUGAUUGCCCCCGAAUCAUCCUCAGGGAGCUGUGUGACUGCGUGGUGGAUCUCUCAGAUGGCUCCAGCGAGCUCGACUACCUCAUCACACUCAACCGGGCAUACCAGCAACGACAGCAGGAGCUGAUCGAGAGCGGGCGCUACGACACGAGGGACGACUUCACGGUGGUGCUGCAGCCCUUCCUGCGUAACCUCACCAUGCCCAUGAAUUCGGCAGGGAAACCAGACUCGUCGUUCUUUUCUCCGGACUGCUUCCACUUUGGUGAGAAGGCCCAUGCGCUGUCUGCCAAGGCCCUCUGGAAUAACAUGCUGGAACCUGUGGGAAAGAAAACCAUCGAUCAGGACUUUGUGGCUGACCUGUCCAUCCGCUGUCCCACAGAGAAAGAACCAUACCUAUAUACUUACAAGAACAGCGACUACAAUUACAAGAAAAAGAACUGGGGAAGUGAUUUCUCCUGCACCGAUACAACUCCAUCAAGCACCGUCCCCACUUCUGUGCACACCCUGAGGCCAGCAGACAUCAAGGUCAUUGCGGCGCUCGGCGACUCACUGACGGCUGCCAAUGGAGCCAGGGCCGACUAUUUUAGCAACGUUACCAGCCAGUGGAGAGGGGUUUCUUGGAGUGUUGGAGGAGAUGAAACUCUCAGCACGGUCACGACUCUUGCAAACAUCCUGAAGAAGUUCAACCCCAAUCUGUACGGCUUCUCGGAGGGCAUCGGCAGCAAGGACUCUCCUAACGCGCGGUUCAACGUCGCCGUGCCGGGAGCGCGUGCACGAAACCUCACUGGGCAAGCACAAGAGCUGGUGACUCGCAUGAGCAAUAACAACAAUAUUAACUUCAACAAUGACUGGAAGCUGGUGACGAUCUUCAUCGGUGGGAACGACUUGUGCCAGUACUGCCUCAGCAAGGGAGAAAGUUCAGCUGACAAGUUUGUAAAUCACAUCUCUGCAGCCCUGGACAUUCUGUAUGAAAAGAUGCCGAGGGUGUUUGUGAACUUGGUGGAGAUGCUGGAGAUCAAAGGGCUGCGGAGACUCGUGUCCAGCGCUUACGGCUGCUCCAAGAAUCCGAGGUUACUUUGCCCAUGUUUCAUCAAUCCCGGAGAAUAUUCUAAGGAGCUAGAAGAAAUGGUCAUCGUCAACAGGGAGUACCAGACAAAAACCAGCAACCUGAUUGCCAGCGGCAAGUACUCCGACCGCGAUGACUUCACCGUCGUUCUGCAGCCCUUCUUCCGAAACACCUUCCUUCCACUGGACGAGCUCAAUGAACCAGACCUCAGCUACUUCUCCAGGGAUUGCUUCCAUUUCAGCGAGAAGGGGCAGGCCGAGAUGGCCAUUGCUGUUUGGAACAACAUGCUGGAGCCCGUGGGUAAGAAGCAAACGUACAACGACUUUACACCAAGCAGGAAAAAGCUGAAAUGCCCUACAAAGGACCAGCCGUACUUGUUCACAGAGGGACCAUCAUCAAAAUCAGAUGGCAUGCAGCUGACAGCCUUGGGCAGCCUAACACUGGCAAGCUGCCUCAUCUGUCUGUUCAAGUCCAUGAGUUAAAGACAAACUCUGAAGAACAGAAAUGCUCCUUUGAGCAGUAGCGUGGCUGUGGAUUUUUGAUGUUCGAUAAAUGUCACUAAUGCGGCGACCGUUUCAUAUUGUACUAUGUUGGAAAUUACUAAAUUAAGUUUUCCGAACUGUGUUAACACACGUGUUACAUAAUGUACUACGUUUGCUAGCGACAUUAUGUACAGCGGUACUUUGUAAUAAAGCUGAUGAUGUAUCACCAAGCACUCUCACCACACCCUCACCAGUCACCUGAUACCACCCACCAGAAACUCACAUGUAUCACUCUCCACUCAUUUGACACAGCCCUCAUCAGACACUCACCAUUCACUGGAUACUCACCAAACACACACCUAACACUCACCAGACGCAACUCCCACUUUACACACACCUAACAAUCAGCACACUAUUCGCCAGUAAGCACUAUAGGGCUGAUACUGGGGAUCAUCACAUGGGCCUUUUACAAUUUUAAAAGCACAUGGGCAGCUAUCCACUCAAAACAUUGCAUUUUACACUUCACACACAUGACCCUUCCACCAACCGCCCCACGCGCGCCUGAGCUGAACACAUCGAUUGGUCCAGUAUUUUUGUCGGGAAAUUCGAAUCCGGCUAAUCGAGGAUUAUACGGUGUUGGCCACGUGACCUUCGGUAAUGACGGAUCGACACUGGGGAAAAUUAAGCAUCACAGACGAUCGCUUGACACUGGAGAGCAUGCAGAUUGGUCAGAGAUGAAGGGCAGACGCCAGAUGGCCGGUCGUGGGGAAAUUAUGUAUCAUAGAUGAUCGCUUGACGCUGGGAAGCAUUCUGAUUGGUCAGUGAUGGGGGGCAGACGCCAGAUGGCGGGUAGUAUUUGAAUGUAAAGAUUUUGAAUGUCAUUUGAUUGUUUGCUUUUACUAUUAAAAUAAAUCAAAAACGA